UUAUGACCAUUUCCCCUCCUCUCCACAUUCCAAAGCUGGGCACUGGCAGAAGGCUGGGAAGCUAGCUGGGUUCGUCAUUUGAUUCACAUUAAUAAUUUAGUCCACGGGUUAGUGUUUGGAACCCGCCCGCGCAAAGCCAAAGACAAGCGCGAGGUCGUACCCCACAGCCCACCAUGCCGUACUAUAGCAGAAAGCCCGCCCACAUGUCGCUGGAGACCGCUCUGGAGGAAGAGCGACGGGAGUUGCUAGAGGAGAUGGGCGAGAGUCCCUCGACGUCUCGGCGCCGGAGCUUGCUGGACAUCUCACCGAGUCCCGGCUUCUUACCCCCGCGGCAUGGCUCCAUCGCCGGUAUUGGCGUUGGCGUGACUCCCCCCUCUUCAGUCCGACAUCAUUCACUCUAUUCUUCCUCUCAUUCUCCACUGCCUUCAUCUCCUCGUCGCUCUUCCGCUACCGCUACCACUACCACUACCACUACCGCGACAACCUUCAAUCCAUCGCCCGCCACUGCAACAACCGCUCCCCCAACUCCCCGCGCCACUACAUCCUCUGUCGCUCCCCCUUUGCCUUCUGCGCAGAGAAAAGGGUCCGUCCAAUCCGACGGAUCAGUCUCCCCCACCCGAUCCACCGACUUGGCGUCAGGCGACAAAGAAAAGCCGGGAGACAACAACAACGGCACCAGCAACCAGCAGCAUUCAAAUAAGCCGGAACAUAAGUCUGGUCCCAGCAUCCGCUGGGAUUUAUCAACCAAUAUGCCGCCCAGCGUCGCCAACCGCAAUGCGGCCAGACGGAAUGCUGCUCAACAACCUCAGGAGAAACCAUCCAAUCGGCUGCCGAGCAUGGCCGCGGUGAUGUCAGGGCUGGAUCUCAAAGUCGGGUUCCCAAGUUUCGUCAGAGGCAGGGACUCUAGCAGUAGCCGCAGCAAUGCUACGCGCGGAACUUCUCUCGACUCUCGAGUCUCCUCUCUCCGACCGGCUCGCUCUAGCUCUCCUAAGCGCCGCUGGCUAAACCCCAAUACGCGUGGACCAGUCGCCGAUCCGGUGAAACCACCUGUGGUAGCCAGUAAAAAGGAGACCAGCCCAAUGGUGCCUGCGACUAAGGAACCUACUAAUCCGGAUUCCCGCCCAGGGUCUUCCGAGCCUGAAGCCAAAUCGUCGGCUCCGGGCGAGGAGCGACUGGAGAAGGAUCGUUUUGACAGCGAAAACAACCCAAUUGAGACCAGUGACGAGGAUGCCGACGAAUCCACCUCUAGCGACGAAGACGCUGUUCAUGAGGACGAUUCAGACGUCAAGCGUGGCCGGAAAAAGGCCGUCGAGCAGGACAUUCCCGCUAAUCCUGGACCAAAGCCGCUCACUACUACUAAGACUGCACCUGAAUUCCGUCCAAAUCCCGAUGCGGCGGAUAAGCCGGAAUUGAUACAUUCAGCGAAACAAGGACCUGUGCUGAAGAAGCCUGAUGUUCAUCCACGGACCAGCUUCGACUCGGCCUCGGCCACCAAUACUCCGUUUGGAUCCGAAGAUGAGGCAGAGCUGUCCGAUAUCAAGCGAGCCCAGAAAUUGGGUAUCCAGAUGUCUUCGAUCGACAACACAGUCCAACAUCGGUCCAUCCGGACGAUCAUUCGCGGAGACUACGCCGAGGCACAGGAAGAGACCGAGAGCAGCCGCCGACGGCAACGCAAAUACCUUGUCGCUACUGAUUUGAGCGAGGAGUCUGUGUAUGCGCUGGAGUGGACCAUAGGAACUAUUCUCCGGGACGGUGACACCAUGUUCGCUGUCUGCGCUAUGCAUGAUGAGACUGCCACGCCGGCUUCAGUGCAGAUCGGCGAUGGCGCCAAAGCUAUUCAGGAUGCGGCGGCCGUCGUUGGGUCACAGACCGCAGAGACUGCUGAAAAGGCGCAGAACGAUUCCAAUUCUCAUCUUCCUCGCGCAUUGUUCGGUCGCCUGGGUACGGACAGCAAGCCGAGCUCUGUGGAUGCUCGCGGCAUUUCCAAGGCGGAGUCGGAACGUGUCCAUGCUGUCGAGGUUAUCUCUCAGACCUGUGUUCGGCUCCUGCGCAAGACAUUGCUCCAAGUUCGCGUAGCCGUCGAGGCAAUUCACUGCAAGAGCCCAAAACACAUGAUCACUGAAGCUAUCGAUGGACUUGAUCCCACCUUGGUCAUCGUCGGAGCCAGAGGCCGCAGCGCACUCAAGGGCGUUCUUCUCGGUUCCUUCUCCAACUACCUGGUCAUGCACUCAUCCGUUCCGGUAAUGGUUGCGCGCAAGAAGCUCAAGAAGCAGACCAAAAACAAGAAGACUAACGUCCGCUUGUCCAACAACCUAACCACACCAAAGAAACUGGCUCUCGCCAAGGUGGACUAGAAUGCUAGCCUUCUCGCCCUUUCUCUAUCUCCUUCUCUUUUUUCUUUACUAUUGUUAGCUUCUCUACGAUACCUUAACAUGUCUGGUCAUAUCAUGGCGGUCGGCGCAUAUCUUACGGUCGAAAUGUGAUUGUCUCAGUGUGGUGGUGGUCUUCCUCAUUCGCUUCUUAACAUGUAUGAUUACGAUUUGAUUUAUUAUUUCUCAUGACGGCCGGAUUGUGAUGACAUUAGCUUAAAAUUAUUAAUGAGGAUGGGUCUAUUAUCAUUAUGGAAAUUGCUUUCUACCUUUAUACCCUUUGUGAGUUAUUCUCGACAU